AUGUUAAGUGUGUUUUUAAGUGUUUGUAGCCUGAUCGUCGUCGGUUUGACUAAUGCGGCACCAGUGCGAAAUUCAAGUCUUGCCGCCGAGACGCAGUUUCCUUAUACAACUUCCUUGCAACUGAAUGGGACACAUGUGUGUGGCGCCGCUAUAAUAGCACCCGAGCUUAUGCUGACUGCAGCAUCGUGUGUCACCAGCAACAAUACGCUAGUUACCUUACCCGUUGGAAAUCUAAGCGUACGUGCGGGUUCCCUGCAACAUGCCUCAGGUGGGGUAGUGAGCCAAAUAACGCGUGUGAUUGUGCAUGAGGACUAUGCCGGCGAAGAGUCAAAUGAUCUGGCCAUGCUGAAGCUAGCCGAGCCGCUGCUCUACUCACCCAGCAUAGCACCCAUCGCAAUAACCAAUGUGGACAUCACUGCGAACACAACGCUGACCAUAAGCGGCUGGGUUAAUGCCACUUCGCUGCAUUGGGACACUGGGCUGGGACAUGCGCAUGAGCACAGCAAGACCAUCAUAUACUUGGACUCAAGUGGGCGAGCAGGCGAGCCUGGCGCUCCGGCUGUUUGGCAGCAGAAACUUUUGGGCAUUGGCAGUCGGCACUCUGAUGCUUAUGCCAAUAUAUAUUAUCAUCGUGAAUGGAUUUAUAGAAAUGCGCGUGCUGCUAUGUUUACCUAA